AAGAGGAAGAAUGGCAUCUGGAAUUGAGGAUGAAAAACUGGAAGAUAUUAAAGUGAAGUUGUUCAAUUGCGCCAUGCAAAGUGAUUGGGAAGGAGUUGUAAGAAUAUGCGAGCAACACCCCAGUGCUCACAAGGCUAUCAUCCCUGCAUCGGGGGAGACAAUAUUGUAUAUGGCAGUCUCAGAUGAGGAAGAAAAAAUAGUUGAAGAACUGGUUGAACAGAUUAGUAAAUCCGAGCUUGAUGCUUUGAAGAUUGGAAAUGAGGAAGGAGAUACUCCUCUCCAUUUGGCUGCAUCAAUAGGAAAUAUUAAAAUGUGCAAGUGUAUCACUGAUAAGGAUCGAAAAUUGGUGGGUUUUCCCAACAACAAAGCCGAAACACCGCUCUUCUUGGCAGCCCUCCGCGGUCAGAAAGAUGCUUUUCUUUUCCUACAUGGAAUGUGUGAGAGCUCUGAACGGGCCAAUUACUGUCGGAGGGAUGAUGGCAGAAAUAUCCUUCACUGCGUUAUCGAUGAAGAAUACUUCGAUUUGGCAUUCCAAAUAAUUCAUCACUAUGGAGAUCUAGUUGACUCGGUUGACGAGAAUGGACUUACCCCUCUCCAUCUCCUGGCGAGUAAGCCCACUGCAUUCAAGAGUGGUACUCCCCUCAGCUGGUUCGAAAGAAUUAUCUAUCAUUGUGUGUAUGUUGAAGACCUCAAGGAAGAAGAGCUUCAACAACAAAGCCCACAGACUUCCAAGAGAAAAAAGAUACUCGAGGGUCCUGAGAACUAUCAAACAUGCAUGUACUUCGGGGACAUGAUUAAAACAUCAGCAAUUACUAUAUUUGCACCAAACUGUCAGAAGGAUGAUGAUGCAGAGAACCCAAACCAAGGAAGAAAAGCAACUUCCGAGCAUCAAGAUGUUGAAGACCCAAAGGAAGAUGAGCUUCGCCAACAAUGCCCACAAACUUCUAAGAGCAAACAGAUACUCCAGUGUCCUGAGAACUAUCAAACAUGCAUGAACUUUUGGAGCAUAAUUAAAACAUCAGAAACUAGUAUAUUUCCAUCAAAGUUUUGCAAGUGUGAAGAUGCAGAGAACCCAAGAGGAAGAAAAACAACUUCUGAGAAGCAAGCUCACCAAUCAAUGAAUCAAGCUCAACAACAAAGGUUGCCACCAAAUUAUGAUAUCUGUUUCGAAUUCAUCAAGUUUGCAUACACAACAAUGCUGGUCUUCUUAGGAUUUGGAUUUGAGAAGAUAAAGAAAAUAAAAGAUAUGAAAAAGAAACAUUCAAGGGCUGUUCAACUUGUAGAUGAACUACUCCAGCAUGUGUCAAGUUCUAAGUAUAAACUUAAAGGACAACAACAACCAAGUAACUCUUCCUCUUCAGAUACUAACCAAAAUGUGAAAGAAAGAAGUCCUUCAGUAAAAUAUGAAAAUGAAAAGGAUAAGGAGAACAAAUUUUCACUUGCUGGAAGUUCCUCAGAAACUACUAAUAAGAAAGACAAAGAAAAAAAGAACACACCAAUAUUAAUUGCAGCAAAGAAUGGUGUGAAGGAAAUGGUGGAGAAAAUCCUUGAAGUUAAUCCAGUUUCCAUUAACGACAAGGACGAAGAAAAAAAGAAUGUAGUAUUGUUAGCAGUGGAGAAUAGACAACCUGAGGUGUAUGAGCUCUUAGUUAAGAGAAAGUUUCGGAAAGAUAGUGUGUUCCGAGCAGUUGACAACAACGGGAACAGCGCAUUGCAUCUGGCUGCAAUGUUAAGUAAUUAUCAACCUUGGCAUAUCCCUGGAGCUGCAUUGCAAAUGCAAUGGGAAAUGAAGUGGUAUAAGUAUGUCAAGAAUUCCAUGCCACCGCAUUUCUUCACUCAUUACAAUGACAAGAAACGCACUCCAAAGGAGGUCUUCACGGAAGCCCAUUCUGAACUUCUGAAGAAAGGAGGCAAAUGGCUGAACAGCACUUCCAGUUCCUGCUCCGUUGUUGCAACCCUCAUUGCAACCGUUGCUUUUGCCACAUCUGCCACUGUGCCAGGCAGCUUCAAUGAAAAUAAUGGGAAGCCAAAUCUUGCACACCAAUCAGCUUUUAAUCUCUUUGCAGUUUCAUCACUAAUUGCUCUCUGCUUUUCAGUGACUUCCCUGGUCAUGUUUCUGGCGAUUCUCACCUCAAGGCACCAAGAGGAUGAUUUUCAUGAGGAAUUGCCUCGGAAGCUUUUAUUUGGUUUAACUGCUCUAUUCAUAUCAAUUGCAGCUAUGUUGGUCUCUUUUUGUGCAGGACACUUCUUUGUCCUCAAAGAUGAACUCAAAUAUGCUGCCCUUCCCGUAUAUGCAGUUACCUGCCUUCCAAUAUCAUUUUUUGCUAUUGCCCAGUUUUCCUUAUACUUUGAUCUUGCGUGGGCUACUUUUAGGAAGGUACCACAACGAAGUUAUAAGAUGGCUUUCUAGGAUUUGAUGGUUAAAUAAAUAUGUUUGUAUGUGCUUUGUGAGUAGCUGGGAUUAUGGUUUUGAUGUGUUUUUGCUUGUUUUGUUUCUUCUACGUUUCUGAACACUCAUGUCGAGGAAGAAAAUUGAUGGAAUGACCAUUAAUUGUCCUUACGAUAUGUCUCUCAAUUUCUUUGUGAAUGAUAUAAGUUUUAGAGAUUUAUGAUAUGCUGUAAAUCUUUGAAAUA